AAUAACACAGUAUCACCACCACCAAGUGGAUUCCGCUUUGGGUUUUCUACUUCUGACUCAAAACCUCCAAAAACCCUUACUGUGUGUGUGUGUGGAAGACCUCUCUCACGAUUACUGAUCCUGGAUCCUAGAUUCGUUCUUCAUCUAGCUUCGUCAUGAAGAGCCAUCGAUUCAGAUUUGUCAUAAAAUAGAGAUUGAAUGAUUCCCCCUAGACAGACAUCUUCAGAGUUGUUUGAAAUGCUCGUUGGAAUUGAUCCGCUACCGACAUCUGUAGGUGUUUCGAAGAAGAAAACUCUCUUUUUCUCGCAUGCCUGCAACUGACAUCUGUAGGAGAAGAAAACUCUCUUUUUCUCGCAUGCCUGCAACUGACGGCGCAUUGUUUUUCUGUUGGUUGUUGACCAACGAAACUCUAAUGGAUGGGGAAAAGUAGGGGAUUAUUACAAUAACUGGGAGGUUAUAGUUGCUUGCUAAAUACAUGAAAGCUGAAAAGGAAUUGGAAUCAACGCAGUUUUGAUCUGAAUCAGGGGUUACAUUGAUAAUUAUAGGUAACGUAGGGGUGCAUUUGUGUAGAAGCUCUUGAUUCUUUUAGAUUGAUUGGAGCAGGAAAGAAUGAAGGGGAAUCCGAAAAGCAACAAUACGACAGGCCUACCGCGAAAGCGAUUUUACAGAGCACGUGCGCACAGCAAUCCACUAAGCGAUUCACACUUCCCUGUUCCCACUGCACCUUCCGAAGUUGACUACGCCUCGCACUACCCACACUACUAUCCUUCAGAAGAAACCUACAAUGAAAAUGGUGAGUCCACCAUUGAUUCCAAGGUUGCAAUUCAUAAACCCCAGGUGAAAAAAAUACAAUUUGCUGAUGUUGGUUGUGGUUUCGGGGGUUUACUUAUCAGCCUUUCAACUCUUUUUCCUGAUACACUAAUGAUUGGAAUGGAGAUUCGAGAUAAGGUGACAGAGUAUGUGAAGGAACGAAUACUGGCUUUAAGAGAAACAAAUCCAGGCCUGUACCAAAAUGUAUCUGUGGUUCGAACAAAUUCCAUGAAAUAUAUUCCCAAUUUCUUCGAGAAGGGGCAGCUUUUGAAGAUGUUUUUCUUGUUCCCAGAUCCUCAUUUCAAGGAGAAGAAUCAUAGACGCCGUGUUAUUAGUACACACUUGCUCGACGAAUAUGCUUACACACUCCAAGUUGGUGGAAUUAUAUAUACAAUUACUGAUGUAGAAGAACUUGGGGAAUGGAUGAAAGAUUGUUUGGCACGUCAUCCUCUUUUUGAAGCAGUUCCAGAGAAAGAACUCGAUAUUGAUCCAGUUGUGAAGCUUUUGAGUUCUGCAACAGAGGAAGGACAAAAGGUUGCUAGAAAUGGUGGGCAGACUUUUCUAGCAGUUUACAGACGGAUCACACUAUCAGAAUAGAAAAUGGGGUUUGAAUAUUAGCUGUUUUUUAUUGGUUCCAGGAGCAUUCGAGAUUCAGCAUUGUUCGGUGAAACCAACAAGGAAUGUGAAGAUGGGAUUGAAUCCAAAUGGGUGAUGCCUUUACGUAACUGUCCACUUCAUUUUUUGGACUCAAUUGUUAACAGUUUAUUGUUAUGAUGAAGUGUUGUUAGGGGUGUCAAUUAUGAUGAAACAAUCUCUUCUGGAGUUACUCUGAUGUAAUAGCCUAAGUUUUUGGUUCACUUUUGACACUUUCUGUUUUCUGUAACUUGAAAUUGAAGUAUUACUUGAAAUUGAAGUAUUUCGUAGUACAAUGUCU